CGGGCGGGCGGCGGAGAGCGGCGGUGAGCGGGGCCGGGGCACCGGGCACGGGCGGGCGGCGGAGAGCGGCGAGCAGCCAUGGAGGUGAUGAACAUGAUGGAGCAGCCCAUCAAGGUGACGGAGUGGCAGCAGACCUACACCUACGACUCCGGAAUCCACUCCGGCGUCAACACGCAGGUGCCCUCCGUCAGCAGCAAGUGCCUCGGGGAUGAUGAUGAGGUGUAUGGGAAGCAGUACACCAUCAAGAAGACAACCACCACGAGUUACUGCCAGGGAGGGAGCCAGGCCCAGAGCCAAGCGCAAGCAGACAUGGAGGCUCAGCUGGCCAUGACCCGUGCCCAGCGUGUCCGGGCCGCCAUGUACCCCGAGACGGUGGAGGACCGCUCACUUCUCAUCACCACCCAGCUGGAGGGGCAGCAGACCAAUGUGCAGCGCCUGGCAGAGCCCUCCCAGAUGCUGAAGUCAGCCAUCGUGCACCUUAUCAACUACCAGGAUGACGCCGAGCUGGCCACACGUGCCAUCCCAGAGCUCACCAAGCUGCUCAAUGAUGAGGACCCGGUGGUUGUCAGCAAGGCAGCCAUGAUCGUCAACCAGCUCUCCAAGAAGGAGGCGUCGCGCCGCGCGCUGAUGCAGUCGCCGCAGAUCGUGGCGGCCGUGGUCCGCACCAUGCAGAGCACCAGCGACCUGGACACCGCCCGCUGCACCACCAGCAUCCUGCACAACCUCUCGCACCACCGCGAGGGCCUGCUCUCCAUCUUCAAGUCUGGUGGCAUCCCGGCCCUCGUCAGGAUGCUGAGCUCACCCGUCGAGUCCGUUCUCUUCUACGCCAUCACCACCCUGCACAACCUGCUGCUGUACCAGGAGGGGGCCAAGAUGGCCGUGCGUUUGGCCGACGGGCUGCAGAAGAUGGUUCCCCUGCUGAACAAGAACAACCCCAAGUUCCUGGCCAUCACCACUGACUGCCUCCAGCUCCUGGCUUAUGGGAACCAGGAAAGCAAGCUGAUUAUUUUGGCCAACGGAGGACCCCAGGCCCUGGUGCAGAUCAUGCGCAGCUACAACUACGAGAAGCUGCUCUGGACCACGAGCCGCGUGCUCAAGGUGCUGUCGGUGUGUCCCAGCAACAAACCUGCCAUCGUUGAGGCUGGUGGCAUGCAGGCACUGGGCAAGCACCUGACCAGCUCCAGCCCCAGGUUGGUCCAGAACUGCCUGUGGACCCUGAGGAACCUUUCUGACGUGGCAACCAAACAGGAGGGCCUGGACGGCGUCCUCAAGAUCCUGGUGAACCAGCUGAGCUCUGAUGACGUGAAUGUGCUGACCUGUGCCACUGGCACCCUCUCCAACCUGACCUGCAACAACAGCAAGAACAAGACACUGGUGACGCAGUCAAACGGGGUGGAGGCCCUGAUCCACACCAUUCUGCGGGCGGGUGACAAGGAGGACAUCACCGAGCCGGCCGUCUGCGCCCUGCGGCACCUCACCAGCCGGCACCCCGAGGCCGAGAUGGCCCAGAACUCGGUGCGCCUCAACUACGGCAUCCCCGCCAUUGUCAAGCUCCUCAACCAGCCCAACCAGUGGCCACUGGUUAAGGCUACCAUAGGCCUGAUCCGCAACCUGGCCCUGUGUCCGGCCAACCACGCCCCGCUGCAGGAGGCCGCCGUCAUCCCCCGCCUGGUCCAGCUGCUGGUCAAGGCUCACCAGGACGCCCAGCGACACGCGGCCGCUGGCACACAACAGCCCUACACGGAUGGAGUGAAGAUGGAAGAGAUUGUGGAGGGUUGCACGGGUGCACUGCACAUCCUGGCCCGGGACCCCAUGAACCGCAUGGAGAUCUUCCGCCUCAACACCAUCCCUCUCUUCGUGCAGCUCCUGUACUCGCCGGUGGAGAACAUCCAGCGCGUGGCAGCCGGCGUGCUGUGCGAGCUGGCCCAGGACAAGGAGGCAGCAGAUGCCAUCGAUGCCGAGGGGGCCUCGGCUCCCCUGAUGGAGCUGCUGCACUCCCGGAAUGAGGGGACAGCCACCUACGCGGCCGCCGUGCUCUUCCGCAUCUCGGAGGACAAGAAUCCUGACUACAGGAAACGUGUCUCCGUGGAGCUCACCAACUCCCUCUUCAAGCAUGACCCGGCAGCCUGGGAAGCGGCUCAGAGCAUGAUCCCCAUCAACGAGCCCUACUCAGAUGAGCUGGACCCUGGUUACCGCCCCAUGUACUCGGGUGACAUCCCCCUGGACCCCAUGGACAUGCACAUGGACAUGGACGGGGACUACCCCAUGGAUGCCUACAGCGACGGCGUCCGAGCGCCCUUCGCUGACCACAUGCUCGCCUAACCCGCCCGCAGCCCCACACCAGGUGUUCUCUCCAUGCAGAAGAAGGUGGCCCCAGAGCUGAGCAUUCGUGAGAAGGACUUGGGAGACAGAAGUGCCUGAGAAGACAAAACUUUUCCAUUCCCACGAGAGGUUUUAUUUUUCGAUUUGUUUUCUUCGCUGUGGGUCUGUGGAGAAGGUCCUUCCUCCUGGGACUGCUUCGAGCACCUACUGCCACAUCCAGCAUCCAAGAUACUGUUUCUGAAGCUUUAAAACACAAACCUUGCACCGUUAGUGAUCUUUCAUUGGCAAAAUAGUCUUUUCUAUGAAUAUAUAUUUCUUUUUUAUUUUUAAUAUGGUGCCAACGGCUUUUGCCGUCUUUAAGUUUGUGCUUUCUAACUUCCCCACGAUUUGUUCUGCGUGUUAGUGUUCUAGGAGAGGAAUCUGACAUGGAAAAACCCUUUGCUUCCUGCAAACUCCAACUGAAUCAGGCCAAUCCAGAGUUUGCUGAAAACAAAGGGUCCAUGUCUCAGGACCUUCGGGGUGUCUGAGGUUUAAUUCUUUCCCAUCAGCCGCUGGGAGCUGACUUUGUGUCCCUGUCCUGCCAGUCCCCAUAGAGGAGUGAUUCCAGCAUUAGGAACUGUGUCCUUGUACUGAUCUUUGUUGCACAUUUUAACCCAUUUCCCUUCUCUUUGGUGAGUGGUGUGUUUCCGUCCCCUCCUCCCUUAUCUAACGCAUUUUUUAAAAGAGGCUUUAGAUCUGAUGGUGGUUUAACACUCCGGCUGGAAAGGGAUGGACAGUUACUGGAGUGUGGGUCAGGAAUGGAAGAUUUUAUUAUUUCUGUAAGUUGUUUUUGUAUAGACCAAAGCAAAGAAUAAAGUAACCCCUGCAGCCCCGUGCUGCCCUGA